AUGUCUGAUGCAGACUACGAAGCCUUCCUCAACAAGGCCAACGCCAACUCCAACGAGGGGAGGGCGCAGGCACAGUCGCAGUCGGAGGGGUACGGCACGAAGAGCGUGAAUGCCGCGGUGCCGCAGGCGCUGAAGAGCGUAGAGGCGACGUAUACGAGUGAUGCGGAUGAGCCCUUUGAGCCUGUGGCGCUAAAUUAUGACGGAGAUGAGAUUACUGAGCAGCAACUGAAGGAGAUCCUGAGCCACAACGACGAGGUCGAGGAAUUAAGCGUGAGCAAGUGGGAUCCGAAGGGGCAAUACAAGAAUGUGGUGGAUACCGUGAAGAAGGUGGUUGAUGGGGAAGUGAAGGUAUUUAGGGUGGCAUUGACUGGCGCAAGGGAGGAAUAUUAUGUUGUUGGUGUAAAGGAUGGCAAGGUGUUGGGGCUGAAGGCGUUGAGUGUUGAGUCGUAG